AUGCAGGGUCUUGCGGAUGGUCCCGUCAAGACUCACCUGUUCCGGCUUGAACUAGAUUCACUAGAACAAGCCAUUUCCAUUGCGGAGCAGGAAGACUUCAGUCCGAGACAGGCUCGCGCCAGCUCGACAUCAUAUCGUCAACCGAGACGAUAUGACAGCGGAGGUCCAGAGCCGAUGGAACUCUGUUAUGUAGAGAGCGAGAAGGCUCGCUCUACAGACUACAAGAAGUUGCAGAAAUGCAACAGAUGUCAGAAGACAGGACACUACGCUUACGAGUGUAGUGCCCCUCGUCCAGUGUCUCGCAACACUGGGCGUAAUGACCGUCCACCCAUGAGAAAGGGGCAGGGACGCGGGUCCGCUGUUGGUGCAAAGACGCAACAACGGGAUGGACCGUCAAAAAACGGACAGGAUCAGUAG